AUGAGAACGUCUGCGGUGUUCUACAAGGGUUACCUCAAACUCUUGAUAGCUAGUUUGUGGAGCAUGAUUUGUUUGCUAUUCAGAAGGCAUUUAAAAACAGCAUUAAAAUACCAAAGUGUAAAAUAUGAUAUUGUUCCUUUAUCUCCCCUAUCUAAAUACCGGUUGUGUACUUUAAGACGAAAAGUUAUGGUAUUAGAUUUGGAUGAGACACUGAUUCAUUCAGUACACGAUGGAAUAAUGCGGCCAACGGUCAGACCAGGAACACCUCCGGAUUUCGUUCUCAAAGUUUUUAUUGACCAUCAUCCUGUUCGCUUCUCAGUUCAUAAACGGCCUCAUGUUGAUUUUUUCCUCAAUGUGAUAAGCCAGUGGUACGAACUUGUAAUAUAUACAGCUAGUCUUGAAAUUUACGGGGCAGGAGUAACUGAGUUGCUCGACAAUGGACGCCAUAUUCUUCAGAGACGAUUUUAUAGACAGCAUUGUACAUAUGAUAAUGGCAGCUAUUCAAAGAAUCUUUCCCUAAUUACUUCUGACAUGGCUUCUGUAUUCAUUUUAGACAAUUCUCCAGGGGCAUAUCGAUCAUAUCCUGAUAAUGCUAUACCGAUUCGGUCGUGGUUUUCUGAUUCACGUGAUACAGCCCUUCUAUGUCUGCUACCCGUAUUGGAUGCUCUUAGAUUUGUGAGCGAUGUACGUUCAGUACUAAGUCGUAAUUUACACAGGCCUCAAUCCAUACUACCUUAA